UCGAUUCACAAGUAGAUUCACAAGUUGUUCCGACUAAAAAGAAUAAAUCAAUCCCUUAUAAUCCCAAAAUUAUUCGCAUUAUUCUUAAUUUAUUAAGAGAUGAUAGGAAAACUCUCGCAGCUUGUGCUUUAGUUAAUCAUACUUUUAAUCUUCACGUUACUCCAAUCUUAUAUCAUAUCUUCAC